AUGGGGCUUCUCCUACUGGGCCUGAUUCUCCGCUACUGGAUCAACACUGUGGAAGGUUCAUGUUCAGCUGAAAGUGCUGCCACAUGUGAUGUAUGUCUCCAACUUGGUCCACACUGUGCCUGGUGUACACAGGAGAAUUUCACCAACUGGUUGUCAGUUAGUGAAAGAUGUGACACACCGGAACGUUUGCUUGAAAAAGGAUGCGCAGGGAGCCUAUUGGAGUUUCCCAUUUCCAAAAGUGAAAUCCUCGAGAAUCAACCGCUUGGGAGAAAGCGUGGCAACCUGAACCUGACGCAGAUUUCCCCCCAGAAAAUGGCGCUCAAGCUCCGACCUGGCAGUCAGGUCACUUUUCAAGUGAAAAUCCAGCACACUGAAGACUAUCCAGUGGACCUCUACUACCUGAUGGACUUGUCCGCGUCUAUGUAUGAUGAUCUCAACAUGAUUAAGAAUCUUGGCUCCACUCUGUCCAAGGAGAUGGCCAACCUUACUAGUAAAUUUAGAAUGGGAUUUGGUUCUUUUGUGGAGAAACCUGUUCUGCCCUACAUCAAAAUCACCGAAGAGGAGCUCGCCAACCCUUGCAGUAGCGCCGGUCACACCUGCUUGCCAACAUUUGGGUACAAACACGUCUUGUCCCUUUCGAGUAACACGGACAAGUUCAACAAGAUGGUCUCCAUGCAGCGCGUGUCAGCAAAUGUUGACAUACCUGAGUGCGGCUUCGACGCGGUCAUGCAGGCAGCUGUUUGCGGGGACAGGAUAGGCUGGAGGAAUGAUUCCAUGCGUUUGCUGGUGUUUGUCAGUGAUGCCGACUCACAUUUUGGGAUGGACAGUAAAAUGGCCGGCAUUGUCAUUCCCAACGACGGACAGUGUCACUUGGAUGCCAACAAUGAAUACUCCAUGUCUACACAGCAGGAGUACCCAACUCUGGGUCAGUUGAUCGAUAAAGUCGUGGAAAACAAUAUCUUACUGAUAUUUGCCGUGACUGAAAAGCAGAAGCUGAAUUAUGAAAACUAUGCAAAUCUCAUUCCCGGUGCCACUGUUGGAGUCGUGGCAACAGAUUCUCGCAACAUCUUGGAGCUGAUUUUAACCGCGUACAAAGAAUUACGAUCAGAGAUUGAAUUGGAGGUCAUUGGAGACACAGAAGAGCUGCGGAUGUCCUACGCUGCCAUUUGUCCAAAUGGUACGGUCCUCUCGGAUCUCAAACGGUGUUCUAAUGUCAAACCUGGACAGACGGUGGUGUUUAAUGUGUCUGUUGAGCUUCCUGGAUGCCUUUCUGGAAGUCGGCACUUCUCCUUAAAGCCUGUGGGUCUCCAGGACACUUUGGACAUCCAAUUGGAGUCUUUGUGCUCCUGCGAGUGCCCUCGGCCUCCCGAAGCCAACAAUGGCAGCCGGUGCACAGAGGGUCAGGGGACUUUCCAAUGCGGCGUUUGCGCGUGUCACGCCGGCUUCUCGGGAGCAGAAUGUGAAUGCAAUGAGGAAAGCGCAUUGUUGAGAGACUGCUUCGCAAACAAUGAGACUGACAUAUGCAGCGGUCAAGGGCAGUGCUACUGCGGGAAAUGCACGUGUGACGCAUCCAGUUUUGGUCGCAUCUACGGACCUUAUUGCGAGUGUGACAACUACUCAUGUGUUCGCUUCCGCGGGGAGCUGUGCGGAGGCCACGGAGAGUGUGACUGCGGAGAGUGCCGCUGCCAAAGUGGCUGGACGGGCGAAUACUGUAACUGCAGCAGCAGCACUGAGGCGUGCCUUUCUGAAGAUGGAGUCCUGUGUAGCGGUCGGGGAAAGUGCGAGUGCGGCCAGUGUGUCUGCUUGGUAGCGGGAGCAUCAGGGGACUUGUGUGAGAAAUGCCCCACAUGUGGAGAUGCCUGCUCUACAGCAAGGACAUGUGUCGAGUGCCAUCUCCACGCGAAAGAGGAUGCGGAGCUAUGUGAGCAAAACUGCAGUCUCCCCAAGAUUUAUAUCAACACAACAGCAGAAGUAGACAAGAGCGCCUCUAUGCAAUGCACAUUGAUGUCGGAAAAUGAGUGCUGGAUCUCGUUUAGUGUGCUCGGAGGGGACGCGAUGACUGUUUACAAUCCUCACAUUUACGGGUGUCCUGAGCCGCCCGACAUCCUUAUGAUCAUCCUGGGGGUCUCCCUAUCCAUUGUGUGCAUUGGACUGAUCCUGCUGGCUGUCUGGAAAGUGCUGGUGUCGGUUCAUGACCGGAAAGAAGUGGCCAAGUUUGAGGCUGAAAGGGCAAAGGCAAAGUGGCAGUCGGGGACCAACCCGCUGUUCAAAAGCUCAACAUCUACUUUUAAAAAUGUUACCUACAAGACCACAGAGCGGGAAAAGAUGAUUACAAUGGAUCACUACUGA